AUGCCCGACAUCCGGUCGUUCUUUGCACCGAAAGGUGGUGCGGCUGCUCCCAAGCCAGCUCCGGCCAAAAAAGAAGAGCCGACAAAGGGCAAGCGAGGUCGCAAAGUUGUCGAGGACAGCGAGGACGACGAGGCUGUCGAAGAGAAGAAGCCUGCAGCCAAGGCAGCACCGAAGAAGAAGAAGGCAGAUGUCGAACCAAAGGGAGUUGCAAUUUCUGCCGACGAUUACUUUGCGUCGACCAAUGACGGCAAAAAGUCCAAAAUCUCGACGACCCCGAAGAAAAGCUCAAGCAGGGUCCAGGUGAAGGAGGAAGUCCCUGUUCGGUCCAGCCCUCGGACGAAGCAGUCCGCCCCGAAGCAAGACGGCCCCGUUACCAACGGCACUCAAGCCAAGAAGAAAGGGGUGUCUUAUAAGCAACACAAAACGGAGGAUGAUGAUGCAUACAUGGAGGAUGCAGACGAAGAUGCCGAUGAUAUCUAUGCCGCUGAUGUGAAGGGACGGAGCAAGCGCAAGAAUGAUGAAUACGUCGAGGAAGAAUCUGAGGACGAGGUCCUCCCGCAACCCAAGAGAGUCGCGCCUCGCGGAAGAAACGCUACUGGGCCCAAGGUCACCAACGAACCCGCCAAAAGCGACAAGACUACAGCUGUCAGUCGGAAACGUAAAACCCCCUCGCAGGAUUCUGAUGAUGAGGAAGAAGAGGAACUACCAAGAAAGAAGCCGACCACGGCGAACUCUCGAGCCCCGAAGGCCAAGAAAGCAGACGAGCCGGAAGAUUCCCAGAUCCAAGACAUCCUAGACAGCGUCGCUACAGUCCGUCCCCCUACACCUCCCCCGAAGGACCCAAACGCAAAGUUCGACUGGCGAAAGGCAGCUGCUGGCGGGGGCAACGCAUCAGCCCAGCCAACGGGCAUGGCGGAUGUCCCGGAUGGAGCAGACGAGUGCCUGAGUGGCCUCUCCUUUGUCUUCACUGGCGUUUUGCAAACGAUUGGGCGCGACGAGGCCCAGGCGCUCGUCAAGCGUUAUGGCGGCAAGGUAACUGGUCAACCAAGCAGCAAAACGAGCUUCGUGGUUCUUGGUGAAGAUGCUGGCCCUAGCAAAUUGGCCAAGAUCAAAUCACACGGUAUCAAGACUAUCGACGAGAACGGACUCUUCGACCUUAUUCGCAAGCUACCUGCCUACGGUGGAUCUGGCAAAGGUGCACAGAAGGCGCAGGAGAAGAAGAAGGCGGAGGAAGAAAAGGUGAAGCAGCAAGUGGCCGAGAUGGAAGCAGAAGAAAAGGCCAAGAAGGCCGCCGAGGCAAAGGCGGCCAAGGAAGCCGCUGCCUCCCGAGGCACAACCGGACGAGCGCCACAAGCUGCAAAGACAACCGUUCAGCUGCUGACCUCGAAGUAUGCGCCGACGCAACUCAGCCACAUCUGCGGCAACAAGGGCCAGGUCGAGAAGAUCCAGUCCUGGCUCAAGAAUUGGCCAAAGUCGAAAAAGUACAAUUUCCAGCGACGGGGUGCAGACGGCAUGGGCGGAGCACGUGCAAUCAUCAUCUCUGGUCCACCGGGCAUAGGCAAGACGACCGCCGCGCACUUGGCCGCUAAGCUGGAGGGUUACGAUGUUCUGGAGAGCAAUGCCAGUGACACCAGAAGCAAGAAGCUUGUCGAGGCUGGUGUGAGCGACGUGAUGAACAACACAUCGCUUCUCGGGUACUUUGCAGGUGAUGGGGAGUCCGUGGACACGUCAAAGAAGAAGAUCGUUCUCGUCAUGGACGAAGUGGAUGGUAUGUCAGCUGGCGAUCGAGGCGGUGUCGGCGCAUUGGCGAAAUUCUGCAGAGUCACCGAAGUCCCCCUUAUCCUGAUAUGCAAUGAACGGAAGCUGCCCAAGAUGAAGCCUUUCGAUCAUGUCACCUUUGACAUCAGAUUCAACCGGCCGACUGUCGAUCAAGUCAGGUCGCGCAUCAUGACCAUCUGCCACCGGGAAGGCUUGAAGUUGCCUGUGCCUGUGGUCGACGCACUCAUCGAGGGUAGCAACAAGGACAUUCGCCAAAUCAUCAACAUGAUCUCGACGGCGAAACUCGACCAAAGCAGCAUGGAUUACGACCAAGGGAAGGCCAUGACAAAAGCCUGGGAGAAGCACGUCGUCCUGAAGCCGUGGGAUAUUUGCCAGAAGAUGCUUGCCGGUGGGCUGUUUGCUCCAGCCAGCAAAGCAACCCUCAACGACAAGAUUGAACUGUAUUUCAACGAUCACGAGUUCAGCUUUCUCAUGAUCCAGGAGAACUAUCUGCGCACAAAACCCAUGGCUUUGAACGGCAAGGGCUACACGAGACGGGAGGAGAAUCUCAAGGCUCUGGAGCUGUUCGACAACGCGGCGCAGAGCAUCAGCGAUGGCGACCUGGUGGAUCGCAUGAUCCAUGGCCCGCAGCAGCAUUGGAGCCUGAUGCCAACCCAUGCCGUCUUCAGUACCGUCCGUCCUGCAAGUUUUAUUGCCGGACAACUCAUGGGCACAAAUUUCACGUCUUGGCUGGGCAACUUUAGCAAGACUGGCAAGUUGGGCAGAUACGUCCGAGAGAUACAUUCUCACAUGCGUCUCAAGUCCUCAGGUGAUCAUAACGAGAUCCGCCAGGAGUACAUGCCCGUGCUGUGGAAUCAAAUGGUCAACCGGUUACAGAAUGAAGGCACGGAUUGCGUUGACGAUGUCAUCGAGUUGAUGGACAGCUACUUCCUCACCCGCGAGGACUUUGACGCGAUCCAGGAGCUCGGCGUCGGACCCAUGACGGAGGAGAAGGUCAGCAUCGAGACGAAGACAAAGGCUGCCUUUACUAGAACAUACAAUGCCAUGAACCACCCUGUCCCCUUCAUGAAGGCCAGCAACGUUUUGGCCCCGAAAAAGCAGACCAAAGAGGCGCCCGACCUGGAGGAGGCCAUCGAAGAAGAAGACGAGGCGGACGUGGCCGAGCCUGCCGAUGUAGACGAUGACGAGAUUGACUUAAAGAAGGACAAAUACAUCAAACAACCCAAGGCGAAGAAGCCGGCCAAGAAGGUGGCAAAGAAAACCAAGGAUGCUGCGGACGAUGACGGCGGUGAAGCCAAGCCUAAGGCGGGCAAGGGCAAGAAAGGAAAGAAAUGA